CUCCAAACACAGAAAUGUCAAAAAUUUUGAUAUAUUUAGCAGUCCUUAUGACACAUUUCAAUAAGUCAUUCACACAGACAGAAUUUAGACGUGUCUGUCGACCUAAUCAGCUUGAUGUUGGAAUCAGACGGAGGCCACAAGACAGCCAAACCACCCACACAUGUGUACCGGGUCCCCUUAAUGGUAGAUGUUUUAUACAAGAUGCGGAUGGUGGAUUCAAUUGUACAGCUGAUUUCCAGCUUCAAGGUGGCCUACCAAAUCGCCAGUCUCUAUGCUGUGAAAAAUUGGGAUUUCAGUUAGCUGGUUGCUUUGUACCCAGGCGAUUGUAUUCAUUUCAAAGAGGAUUUAACAUACAGCGACGUAAAUCGGUUAUUAGAAGUGUUAUAAGUUCCCCCACACCUCGAGAUCGAACAACGUUUGCCGUUGAGUUAUGUUUUCUCCGUAGAAUACGAUAUUAUUAUCCUGAACACAUACAAGUCGGCUGAUUUUACUAUUUACUGAAUGUUAUAUAUUAUUUUUUUUAAAUGUAUUUUUUUUUUCUGUUUAAAUCUGACAUUUUAUACUUGAUAUUUUGUAUUGGUUAUUGGU